AUGGCUGAUGCAUUUAAGAAUGUUAUUGCUCAGAGUCUGGAGUGUCCUGUAUGUCUGAAUACCUUCACCGAUCCAAAGAUCCUGUCUUGUUCUCACACCUACUGCAAGGCCUGUCUGGACAACCUCUUGGAAUGCCAUGGUAACGACCAGAUGCUCCGAUGCCCUGUCUGCAGAGCUGAAACACAGGUCCCAAACCGAGAAGUCAGCAAAUUACCGGCAAGUCUAGCUUUGAAGUCUCUCAUAGAGGACGUUAAGAAUCAAUAUCAGUUUUGCACGAAUUGUAAAUCCGAGGACAAACCCCAAGCUGUUGUCUACUGUCAAGACUGUGGCAUGUAUCUCUGUAUCACUUGCCAAAACAAACACUCUCAGUGGCAAAACUUCAUUAGUCAUGAGGUCUUAGCCAUGAGUGAGAUCGUAUCAGGGAAGGUGUUAGUACGUAGGUAUCGUAAAUGCAGGAAACACCCCAAAGAGGAUGAGGAGUGCUUCUGUUCCGACUGCAGGAGAUUUGCCUGCUUCAGGUGUGUUGUCAUGGAGCAUACAAACGAAGGACAUCGGGUCAUCGAGGCGGCUGUUUAUGAAAGCAACCAUAUGAAGAGUAUCGAGGACCUCAAAUCCAAGGCGGACAAAAAACGUUCUUGCUUUCAGAAAUACGUUGAUUUCAUUGAAGAACAGAAGGAGCAUGUGAUCAAUGUUCAAAAGCAGUGUACAGAUGAUAUCCACAAAGCAUUUGAAGAAUCAGUCCGACAGCUGACAGAGCAGAAAGAAAACCUCGUUGGUGAAGUCAAGGGUAGGACUGAAGGAGUAGAGAAAGAAUUGGACGAAAUGAAGAAAUCAGCUCUGGAGCAAAUCACUCACUUGACCAUCAUAGCUGACGUGGUAACCAAUAGGACAAAAGUACCGUCAGAUAUGGAUGCUUUGGCUGCACACGACACUCUAUGUCAAGACUUACAUGAGGCCUUGAAACAAGAAGAUCCUGACUACAAGCAGGCGAUGAAAUCGAGCAAGAAAGGAAAAAGUGUCAGUUUUAAGGGGAACGUUGGAAUGGAUGAGAUAGCUCUCGGUAAUAUCGUAAAUGCAGUUACAAAGAACAUCACUAUUUUGCCUACUAAGAAUAGCAUGAGUGACUUGGUUGGUACACCAGACGGUAGAAUGGCAGUGGGAUGUAAGACAGGGGGCGUGGAGAUCUUCUCUGCUGAUGGCCAGCUCCAGCAGACGUUUCUCCAAGAAGUGAAGAUUCGUGGAGUAGGGUUCCUCUCUGAUGAUCGGUAUGUUAUACUUGAUGUCUCAAACAAUAUCACACUCUACACACUAGAGUACACACAAUUGAAUGUAAUGUUUGAGACUCUGAGUCGCGAUGAAUGUGCAAGUGCUAGCCUAACUGUAGACGGUGAUGAUCAGAUCUAUGUUAGCUACUGGGAAAUUCGAAAGAUCCAGGUAUUCUCACCAGCAGGUGGAAAGGCAAUCAGUGAGAUACCAUGUGAUGGGUAUCAACCUGGGCAGAUCACUAACUGUAACGAUCACCUGAUCUCCAAUUCUUAUUAUAAAAUACGAUUGAUUGACAAACAAGGUGUUGUAAAAUAUGAAUUGGCGAAAUUCGGGAAUUACCUAAUCGCUGUUGUGUCUCAAAGGAAUACAAUCCUGAUAGCCACUCAGAAACAAUAUGAAAGUUUGGUCAACAUCGAUGAGUACACUAACGAGCUGAAGCAUGUCCAGAACCUCGUCAUUGAUUACAAGAUUGAAAGACACGGGAUAUAUUGGCACCAGCUCCAGCAGUACCGAUCUGGAGAGAUCGCUUUCUGCACUCCUGAUAGACUCUAUAUAUUCCACUGA